UACUAUGUUAGGAAGUGAAAGAUAAAAAACUCGAGGUGAUAUGUCAACAUUGCUCAAGGCAAACAUCUCCUUUCGAUUUUAAUAGCAGGCCAUGAAGAACCACACCAAUGUCAAAUUAUGACAGUAAUUUACAAAGAAUAUAUUUAUCAUUUACAGAAAUUUUACGUCUUUUAUUAGAUUAGUUUUUUAAAGAUGUGUACUAUUAAUAGAUCUCGCGAUAGAUCUUAUGGCUGUCCAGUGCCAGUUGGAAAUAGUGUGUGUGGUGAAACAAGGACUUUGGAUAUUAUAAAUGAGUUUAAAAGACUUUAUGAAGAGAAAAUGCACGAAAUAGAUAACUCUAGCUGUGGAGAUUGCUUACAGGAAAAAAUAAAGCUUCAACAGGAUUGGAUUGGAGAUUUAACUGAACAAAAUGAAAUGCUUGUCAGAGCCGUCGAAGAACUGGAGCAAGAAGCUACAGAAAGAGUGAAAAUGUUAGAAGAGAAGCUACAAAAGAGCGCACAAUGUAUUUGUGAGGUAAUGAAAAAAUACAGGGAACACGACAUAACAGAAGAUAUUUUGGAAGAACCAAGAAAGAGGAUAUUCAAUUUGGAAAGUGAUGUUAGGAAUUUAUUGGAACUAAUUCGAAGAGUUAGAGAUGAAGAUGAUUUUUCUUUGGGAGGACUCACUUUUUAUGAAGUAACUCAUAAGGAGCUUUUAGGUGACAACGUUGAAGGGAAAUUAUCAAAAGGGUGUGUACAGAACGAUACAAAAAAGACUGACCAAAGGAAUAGAGAACAAGAAAGCACGAUACAAUCAUUAGAAUCGAAAUUAGGAGAUUUUGAAAAAGUAUCCAGAGAAUUGAAAACUAAACAAGAAGAAUGUGACAAUCUACAGAAGAAUAUGAUCGAUAUGCGACAAGCUUUAACCGAAGAAGUCGCUACCAAACAUGAUAUGGUCUUAAAGUUGAAACGGGAGUGUCAAGAACUUGAAGAUAGGUGUAUUCAAGCUGAUAAACAAACUGCGUUCCGAGAUGACAUUAUCAGGGAAUUGAGAAAAGAAAUCAAGCAACUGAAACAACAGAUUACUCAAGAGGAAGUAGAAAAACUAAAUAAAACCAUAGACGAGCUUAGAAAUACUUUAGAAGAAAGUAAAAGGCUUCAAGAAGUCGAAGAAAAGGAAAAAUGUUCUCAAAUAUGUGCUUUGACUGAGAGAAUUAAAGAGUUAGAGGGAUGCUUGUGCGAUGCCAAUGAAAGGGUAAAGCGAACAUAUUCGGAAAAUUGCGUUUUAAACAAUAAAAUUAAGGAAUUGGAAUGUUGUAUGUGCGAAGCUAACGAACAGAAAAAGAUAAAUAAAGAAGAAAUAAACAUAUUAAUAAAUAGACUUAAAACAUUGGAACAGAAACCUUGUCCACAGAUGAAUAUGGAAAGUCAACAAACUGCAAUUUUGGAAGAAAAAAUAAGAGACUUAGAACUCUACAUACAGGAUAUAAAAGGAAAAUUGAAAUUGUGUAAGUUAUGCAGACAUAGCCUACGUGUAGGAUUUUGUGGUAAUACUGAGGUUCAAACGGACGUUAGCGAAGCAAACGACGAACAAAUAGAAAAGUUGAUUGAAAGAGAUGAACUUAUCAAAUUCCAAGCUGAAACGCUAAAGAUGCUGCAACAAGAGUUACAAAACUAUCAGAAAAGGGAAGAAGAGUGGUUGACAGAUAAAGAAAGGGGUGAAAAGAGCUGUAAUGAAGUUCAAUGUUUGGAAAAUCAAAUCAUUUCAUUAAAAGAUAAAUUACUUCGGUGUGAACAUAAAGUGGACGAAUUAGAUAACACCGUGAAAAAUAAAGAAGAUAUAAUAAAAACUCAAAAAGAAGCACUAAAUUGUAUUGAAAAGGAGGUCGAUAAUAUGAGAAAUAAAGAAGCGGAAUUGAGGAAUGAGAAUCAAAAACAUUGUUUAUGUAUUCAACAAUUAAAAAAUAAAUUGAGUGAAUUGGAGACAACGACUAAAGAUGCCGAAAGAAGAGCAAGUAAUUUACAAAUAGCUGUUGACUUGUAUACAAAUACUAUCAGUGUACUGGAAGAUACUGAAGAGAAGUACAAAUUAGAGAUCGAAAAUCAACGCACAACAAUCAGUCACUUACAGGAAGUCUUAGUAACGACAAAAAAUGAGCUAGACAGUGUCAAACAAAAAUACAAUGAUAGUGUUAAUUGUCAAGAAAAACUUCUGGUUAUGUUUCUUCAAAUAAUAUCAGAGAGCGAAAACGAAAAGGAACAACUGAAUCAACAGCUUUAUCUAAUUGGAGAAAAUUAUGAAAAACUGCAAGAAUUGAAUUUUAACGUAGAAUUAGAACAUUGUAGCAGUCUGCAAGAUGUUGAGAGCUUAGAAAAUCAACUAUUUAAGUAUCAUAGUUUAUUAAAAAAUUCCGAGGAUGAAUUGAAACAGUGCAAGUGUCAUUUAAAAAAAUUAUUAACACAAAAGAAAAACUUUGAAGAAGUGAUUCAGUACUUUAAGCAGGAAAUGAUCAUGAUGGCAGAACAACUUGAACAUUUACAAGGAUUAUUGACUCUAUCCCAUGGUUCGGCUCAAGAGGAAUCUAAUAAAUUGAUGUCGGCCUACACGAAUAUACAAGAUCUGAAUGAGAAGUUAACCAAGCAACUGACAAUAGCCGAAGAAAAAGUACUUCUCGAAAGCCAAAUGAAUCAAAUAAACGAAGCUAGGAUAAACGAAUUGGAGAGAUUAAUUUGUGAAAAGGAAAUGGAUGGAAAGAAGCACCAUCGGACGGUUCAAAACAUUAAAGAAAAUUUAAAUUGCUCCCUAGGACAAAAUAAAGAACUGCAGAAAACUAUAUCUUGCCUUACAGAAACCUUGUGUGAGUUCCAAGAAGCCGUUCAACAUUAUCAAUGCGAUAAUUUGCACGCAAAAGAAGUUACAGGCAUUUGUCAAAAUCAGAUUGAAAUCUGCAAAGAAAAACUAACUGAUCUUAAGAACUUAUUGGAAAAAAAGACAUCAGAAUUGUGCAAGAUCCAAAUGGCGUACAAUAAUCAACAUAGAUCUCUAAAAUGUUGCCAAAGAGAAUUGAAGGAUAUAAAAGAUAGACAAAAAAAUAAACAGCAUUAUUUGAAGUGCGUUAUCGAGGAACUUAAAGAUAAGUUAGUAAAUACAGAAGAAGAACGUGACAAAUAUCUAAGAGAUCUCAAAGAACUUCAAGAACAAAUAACGGUUAUCAAAAAGAGGGAUGCCACCAGAUGCCAUGCAGAGAUAGUUAGAUACAGAAAAAUUAUUAGUGAUUUGAGGAAGACGUUAACGGAUCUUAACAAAAACUUAACAAAAAAAGAAAUACCAUUCGAAAGUAAAUGCAAUAGGGAAGAAUGUAAAAGGUACAUUGAACAAUUCAAUGAUGAAAAAGUUUCAAUUGAGGAAGAAGAGGAAGUGACUUCUUGCAUAGAUUGCCGCUGUGAAAUGGAUUUUUAUCAAAGGGUGAUUGAGAAUCUCAAAAGAGCAGUAACAGAUUUAAAGAGUAGACUCUUCGAUACUCAAAAGAAGAACAAGCAAAUGGAAUCGGAACUUAUGGAAAAAGAAUUCCAAGUUGUAGAAAUAUCAAAAACCCAAUUGGAAAAAGAUAAAGAAUAUAGUGAGCUCAAACAAAAAUUGAUGGACAGAUUAAGACAAGCACACUUGGAGGAAAGUCGAUUUUCAGAACGAUCAAAACAAUUCGAAAAAGAGUUAACGUCUCUACGGAGAGAAUUGGAACUGAAAACAUUGCAAUUAACUGAGUUAGAGCGAAAUUCUCAACAACUCAAUGGUACGAAAUGUGUGCAGUUGGCGUGUGCCCAAGAAGAAAUUAAUGCUUUAAAAGAACAGUUAAAUAGAUUAUUGAAACAACAUUGUGCUAUAAAUAUGGAGAACCAAAAAUUGCAUUCACAUAGUACACAGAUGCAAUCUACAGUAACUAAUCUCGAAGAAAAAAGUGAACUUCUUAAAACACAGGUCGAGCAAUACUUGGUGGAACUUCAAAUGGUACAGAGAGAAAAAGAUGCACUUCAUAGAAAAAAUCAAGAUUUACUGCGCGAAUUGAGAUCGUUACAGUCAUCGUAUGAUGAUCAGCAAAGGUAUAAUGAGAAUACUGUUAAAUCCCUUGAAACUGAAUUGAGGGAAGUUAAAAAAAAUCGUGACGAUAUAUAUUUAGAAAGUAAGACUGUGGUGGAAUAUUUUCGUUUGUGGUUAAACGAACAGAAAAAAAUUAACGAUUACACUAUGGCCAAAGAGAAAGAUUAUUGUAAGACCAUUGAUAUGCUAAAGCAACAAAAUAAUGGUCUUCCAUGUGGUUACCAGGAACAACGACAUUUUUCUAAAAAUAUAAAUACACUUAGAACGACGCAAGAAACUUGUCCGUCACCAUGGAGUUUGGGAUCGCAGGGCACGUCUUCGGGACAUGACGAGAGUCCUUGUAGAAGUCCUGGUAUCAACGAAAACUGUGAUUGGUACUCUCCUAAUUUUAAGAAUGAUUCGGAAGAAGAAAUGGAAGACGAUGAAGACUGGGUUAGAAAAGUAGAAAAUUUGGCUGCUCAAGUUAGGAGAACUAAUAAAAUGUGGAAGCAUAAAAUGGAAAAGGCUGAUUUGACAGUAUCGAAAGAUUGUCAAAAAUAAUUAUAAUUAUUUUUAUUUCUAAUUUUAUACAAAAAUAUACUUCUAAAUAUUGA